AUGGAUACGCUACUAACUGCCGAUGUCGCGACAAACUCUCGGAGAUUCAGGCGAAAGUCUAGCACUUUUGUCGAUGCCAUUCACGAAAUGCCAGAGACUGGAGAGUUGGCGCCAGCCCAACUGUAUAGCACCGAGUCAGGGCGUCUCUUCCAUUCAGGCCGAAUAAUUAUAGCCACAGUAGGCUUGCCAGCAAGGGGCAAGACCCAUCUUUCUGUUGCUCUAGCAAGGUAUCUGCGCUGGCUUGGAGUCAAGACGCGGGUCUUUCACCUAGGAGACUAUAGAAGAGAGCAUGUUGGUGAUGGAAAGGAUGUGCCGGAAGAUUACUUUUUUGUGAAUGCUUCGGCAAGCACAGUCCUCCUUCGCCAAAAGAUCCUCAAGAAAUGUCGAGAUGAGAUCUACCAAUUCUUGAACCACGAGAACGGGCAGAUUGCAAUUUACGACGCAGUUAAUCCGCUCUCCGAGGGCCGGAGAUCCCUGGCGAAAGAAUUUUCCAAGCACGAAGUGGAGACUCUGUUUAUUGAAAGUGCUUGCGAUGAUGAGAAAAUUAUAGAGGAAAAUGUGCGAAGUGUGAAGAUUUCUUCGCCCGACUAUAUUGGUUGGUCAUCAGACGCUGCCGUCAAGCACUACCUUGCAAGAAUGAGCGCCAAAAUACCACAUUUCGAGACAAUGGAGGAACCUGACCUAAACUAUAUCAAAAUGAUCAAUGCUGGCGAGAGGAUCAAUGUUAACAACUGUAGCUUUGGCUACCUUUCUCACAGGAUCGUCUUUUUCCUACUAAAUUUGCACAUCAAAUCAAGACAUACAUACUUUGCGAGAGCCGGCACAUCCCGAGAAGAAGAUUCCUACAAGACAGACGCCUCUCUUUCGGGACAAGGAAUGGAGUAUGCAAAGAAGAUGUCAGAAACUCUCAUUCAUCACCGAGAGGGAGAAAGGCAAGCUAUGAUCGAUCGCGGUGGACCAGACAUUCCAUUGAAAAUGCUGACGAUAUGGACUUCGACCAGGAAAAGAACGAUAGAGACGGGUCACUUUCUUGAGGAAAAAGGCUACAGAGUACGUCAGAGGUCUCAGCUGAGUCAACUCAAUCCAGGGGUUUGUGAGAAAAAGUCCGAGAGGCGGAUCAGGCUUGAGUAUCCCGAUGAGAUAGCGAAACAUGAAGCGGACCCAUAUCAUCAUCGAUAUCCGCGGGCUGAGUCGUACCACGAUCUUGCAGUCAGGCUCGAGCCCGUCAUACUCGAACUCGAAAGGGAGCAGAACGAUCUGCUCAUCAUUGCACAUGAGAGCGUCCUAAGGGUGCUCUACGGGUAUAUAAUGGCAUGCAAUGCUAUAGAUAUCCCAAACCUUCAAUUCCCUAGGAACGAAAUCAUCGAAAUCAUCCCCGCUAGUUACAACAAUGAAGCUACGAGAAUCAAGAUACCUGGACUCCCUGAAAAUUUCGUCCCAAGCUCUCCCGAAGACAUCAGAAUUCCCGUUCCUCCUAGCGGCUCUGUGACGCCGAUGGGCUUAGACACUCCAAGGACUGGCACAAGCUCCCCACGUAUGGCAACUGGCUCGCCACGUAAUGGCCUCUCGACACCCUCUGAACCCGGCGAGGGAAAGCAAUUGCUAGUCGAGAGAGCACUUCGAGAUUGA